AUGGCAUCAGCAAGCGACAAAGCCCGGUUUUACCUCGAACAAUCCGUCCCCGAACUCCAGGACUACGAGCGCAAAGGCAUCUUCACCCGGCCCGAGAUCACAGCCAUAACGACCAAACGCAGCGACUUCGAACACAUCCUCAAUGCACGAGGCUCGAAACCGGGUGACUAUGCACGUUACGCCGAGUAUGAACAAAAUCUAGACUCUCUGCGAAAGAAACGGUGUAAACGAUUAGGUAUCAAGGGCGCGAAGACGUACUCCGGCCAGAGGACUGUUUUCUUCAUUCUGGACAGAGGCACCAAAAAGUUCCCUGGUGAUCUGGGGUUGUGGAUGGAGUAUAUCCGCUUCUGUCAACGGGAGAAGGCGAACAAGAAGUUGGCGAGGGUUCUCACUUCCGUUUUGAGAUUACGGCCGAGGGAGUGGGGUCUGUGGGUUGUGGCGGCGAAAUGGUAUGCAGAGGAGCAGGGGGAUAUGCAAACGGCGCGGUCGUAUAUGCAGAGAGGGUUAAGGUUUUGUAGGGAUAGGAGGGAGCUGUGGGGUGAGUUUGUGAGGCUGGAGAUGGUGUUUUUGGCUAAGCUUGGUGCGAGGAGGAGGAUUCUGGGGCUGGAUGAAGAAGGUAAGGAGGCGGCAGAGGAGGUGGAGCAGGAGGACGAGAAUACGAUCUCGUUGCCGGCUGUUACGGCGGCGGACUUUAAGACGGAAGAGGGCAAGGGUAUGGAGGUCGUGGACGCCGCAGCUCUACAGAAGCUUGCCAAAGCACCGGCGUUCAGUGGUGCGAUACCUAUCGCUAUCUUCGACGCUGCGAUGAAGGAAUUCAAGAAUGACCCCGAGGUGGCAGAAAUGCUUGUCGAGAUCGUCACGGGAUUCACAGAGGCACCCGCCACGAAGAAUGUGCUUCAGCAUGCUAUUGAGCAUUUGCAGACCACGAAGCCGACAUCCCCAGAGGCUAUUCUGUGCGAAGCGAGGCUAUAUACUCAGGGCAUCGAUGCAACAUCUGCUGAAUUCCCGGUUGCAUUGGGUACGGCGCUCAAGCAUAUCACGGCUGGCAUGGCUUCACUUCCGGCAAAGCACCAGCCUAUGCUGAUGGAGAAAGCGGUAGCCAUGCUCCUGCCUUUCCUCGCACGUGCGGACGAUCUAGACGAAGAUGUUGCGACUGUCAUCAUGGCGAGUCUGAACCGGUAUCUUGGUGCUCUGGCCAAAUUCGAUCAGAUGGCAUCGAUCAAGCGAUCUAUUGUUCGGACAUUGGUGGCGAGGGUACGGGAAAGUGGUGGAAGGUUGGCUCUCGAGGAUGUACGGGAGGCCGUUGGCGAAACGAAAACAGGGGCGGCAAGUUCAUAG